GCUGAGUGGCAAUGUCCGGGCACUUGACAGCACAUGACCUCUCCAGCAGCAGGCGUGCUUCCCAGUUCUGUGGAGGGAAGAAGACAAAAGGAAUUCUACUUUAUUUCACUUCAGUUGACCUUUACCGAACAUCCAUCAGGUGCCAGUGCCUGCUGCCUUGGGCAACCUUGAACCUCCAAGACUUCCAGCCCCUCCUCUUCCACCUCUCACUGCCACCACCAUGAUGGAUGUGAGUGAACUUGGGGAGUCUGCCUGCUACCUCCGCCAGGGCUACCAGGAGCUGAUGAAGGUGCACACUGUCCCGUGGGAUGGGAAGAAGCGAGUCUGGGUGCCCGAUGAACAGGAUGCCUACGUGGAGGCCGAGGUCAAGUCAGAGGCUAUCGGGGGCAAAGUCACCGUGGAGACCAAAGACCAGAAGGUGCUGACGGUGCGCGAAAGUGAGGUGCAGCCCAUGAACCCGCCCCGCUUCGACUUACUGGAGGACAUGGCCAUGAUGACGCACCUCAACGAGGCAGCCGUGCUGCACAACCUGCGCCAGCGUUAUGCUCGCUGGAUGAUCUACACCUACUCAGGCCUCUUCUGUGUCACCAUCAACCCCUACAAAUGGCUCCCGGUCUACACGGCCCCCGUGGUGGCUGCUUACAAGGGAAAGCGCCGCUCUGAGGCCCCACCCCACAUAUAUUCGGUGGCGGAUAAUGCCUACAACGACAUGCUGCGCAACCGUGAGAACCAGUCCAUGCUGAUCACCGGAGAGUCGGGGGCCGGUAAGACGGUUAACACCAAGCGGGUCAUUCAGUACUUUGCCAUCGUCGCUGCCCUGGGAGACGGGCCGGGCAAGAAGGCCCAAUUUCUGGCAACAAAGACUGGGGGCACCCUCGAGGAUCAACUCAUUGAGGCCAACCCCGCCAUGGAGGCUUUUGGAAAUGCCAAGACCUUGAGGAACGACAACUCCUCCCGUUUUGUGAGUGGCCACAGUGGGACUGGGUGGCUGGGGCUGGAGCAGGGUCACCAGCAGGGAGGGCACAAGGUGGUGGGAGCCGUCAGCAGGGAGGGCAGUGCUGGCCAAGGCUCCCAGCUGAGGGCUGCCCCCUGUCCUCAGGGCAAGUUCAUCCGCAUUCACUUUGGUCCCUCUGGGAAGCUGGCAUCUGCGGACAUUGACAGCUAUCUUCUGGAGAAGUCACGGGUGAUCUUCCAGCUGCCCGGUGAGCGCGGCUACCACGUCUACUACCAGAUCCUGUCAGGGAAGAAGCCAGAGCUGCAGGACAUGCUGCUUCUGUCUAUGAACCCCUAUGACUACCACUUCUGCAGCCAGGGCGUCAUCACCGUGGAUAACAUGGACGACGGGGAGGAGCUCAUCGCCACUGACCAUGCCAUGGACAUCCUGGGCUUCAGCGUGGAUGAGAAGUGCGCCUGCUAUAAGAUCGUGGGCGCCCUCCUGCACUUCGGCAAUAUGAAGUUCAAGCAGAAGCAGCGGGAGGAACAGGCUGAGGCUGAUGGCACGGAGAGUGCUGACAAGGCUGCCUAUCUGAUGGGGGUCAGCAGUGGCGAUCUCCUCAAAGGCCUUUUGCACCCCCGGGUGCGUGUGGGGAAUGAGUAUGUGACCAAGGGCCAGAGUGUGGAGCAGGUGGUGUUUGCUGUGGGGGCUCUGGCCAAGGCCACCUAUGACCGGCUGUUCAGGUGGCUGGUGUCUCGGAUCAACCAGACCCUGGACACAAAGCUGCCCCGGCAGUUCUUCAUCGGGGUGCUGGACAUCGCUGGUUUUGAGAUCUUUGAGUUUAACAGCUUUGAACAGCUGUGUAUCAACUUCACCAACGAGAAGCUGCAGCAGUUCUUCAACCAGCACAUGUUUGUGCUGGAGCAGGAGGAGUACAAGCGGGAGGGCAUCGACUGGGUCUUCAUCGACUUCGGCCUUGACCUGCAGCCCUGCAUCGACCUCAUCGAGAAGCCGUUGGGCAUCCUGUCCAUCCUGGAGGAGGAGUGCAUGUUCCCCAAGGCCUCAGAUGCAAGCUUCCGGGCCAAACUCUAUGACAACCAUGCAGGGAAGUCGCCCAAUUUCCAGCAGCCUCGGCCUGACAAGAAGCGCAAGUACCAGGCCCACUUCGAGGUGGUCCACUAUGCGGGCGUGGUAGGUACCUGUUGGAACCCCAGCACUCGACCCUUCUCUUCCCUCCCUCCUCCAGGUGUCCCCACCUUGGCUCAGCACCUGUCUCGUCUCUGCCAGGUGCCUUACAGCAUCGUGGGCUGGCUGGAGAAAAACAAGGAUCCCCUGAAUGAGACAGUGGUCCCCAUCUUCCAAAAGUCACAGAAUAAGCUCUUGGCAACCCUCUAUGAGAACUAUGCAGGCUCCUGUUCUACUGAGCCCCCUAAGACUGGGGUAAAAGAGAAGCGUAAGAAGGCAGCGUCGUUCCAGACGGUGUCCCAGCUGCACAAGGAGAACCUCAACAAGCUGAUGACCAACCUGCGGGCCACACAGCCCCACUUUGUCCGUUGCAUUGUCCCCAACGAGAACAAGACCCCAGGUGUCAUGGAUGCCUUCUUGGUGCUGCACCAGCUCCGCUGCAAUGGGGUCCUGGAGGGGAUCCGGAUCUGCCGCCAGGGAUUCCCCAACAGGCUGCUCUAUGCGGACUUCCGGCAGCGAUACCGCAUCCUGAACCCCAGCGCCAUCCCAGAUGAUACCUUCAUGGACAGCAGGAAGGCCACAGAGAAGCUGCUGGGCUCACUGGACUUCGAUGCCACCCAGUACCAGUUUGGCCACACCAAGGUGUUCUUCAAGGCUGGGCUUGUAGGUGUCCUGGAGGAGCUCCGUGACCAGCGUCUGGCGAAGGUGCUGACGCUACUGCAGGCCCGGAGCCGGGGCCGCCUCAUGCGCCUUGAGUACCAGCACCUGCUGGGAGGCAGGGAUGCCCUGUUCACCAUCCAGUGGAAUAUCCGCGCCUUCAAUGCUGUCAAGAACUGGUCGUGGAUGAAGCUCUUUUUUAAGAUGAAGCCACUGUUGCGCUCAGCGCAGGCCGAGGAGGAGCUGGCGGCUCUGCGGGCAGAGCUGCGGGGGCUGCGAGGGGCGCUGGCUGCUGCCGAGGCCAAGCGCCAGGAGCUAGAGGAGACACAAGUCAGCGUCACCCAGGAGAAGAAUGACCUGGCCCUGCAGCUGCAGGCAGAGCAGGACAACCUGGCAGAUGCUGAGGAGCGCUGCCACUUGCUGAUCAAGUCCAAGGUGCAGCUUGAGGGGAAGGUGAAGGAGCUGAACGAACGGCUGGAGGACGAGGAGGAGGUGAAUGCCGACCUGGCCGCCCGCCGGCGCAAGCUAGAAGAUGAGUGCACGGAGCUCAAGAAGGACAUCGAUGACCUGGAGCUGACGCUGGCCAAGGCUGAGAAGGAGAAGCAAGCCACUGAGAACAAGGUGAAGAACCUGACGGAAGAGAUGGCUGUGCUGGACGAGUCGGUGGCCCGGCUGACCAAGGAGAAGAAGGCGUUGCAGGAGGCCCACCAGCAGGCCCUGGGCGACCUGCAGGCCGAGGAGGACCGUGUGAGUGCACUGACCAAGGCCAAGAUCCGGCUGGAGCAGCAGGUGGAGGAUCUGGAGUGCUCGCUAGAGCAGGAGAAGAAGCUGCGCAUGGACACAGAGCGGGCUAAGCGCAAGCUUGAGGGUGACCUGAAGCUGACGCAGGAGUCGGUGACCGACGCUGCCCAGGACAAGCAGCAGCUGGAGGAGAAGCUCAAGAAGAAGGACUCUGAGCUCAGUCAGCUGAGCCUGCGGGUGGAAGAUGAGCAGCUCCUGGGCACCCAGCUGCAGAAGAAGAUCAAAGAGCUGCAGGCGCGGGCCGAGGAGCUGGAAGAGGAGCUGGAGGCGGAGCGGGCAGCCCGGGCCCGCGUGGAGAAGCAGCGGGCGGAGGCAGCCCGAGAGUUGGAGGAGCUGAGCGAGCGGCUGGAGGAGGCGGGCGGCGCGUCAGCCGGGCAGCGCGAGGGCAGCCGCAAGCGCGAGGCCGAGCUGGGGCGGCUGCGGCGGGAGCUGGAGGAGGCCGCACUGCGGCAUGAGGCCACCGUGGCGACCCUGCGGCGCAAGCAGGCGGAGAGCGCGGCCGAGCUGGGGGAACAGGUGGACAGCCUGCAGCGGGUGCGGCAGAAGCUGGAGAAGGAAAAGAGCGAGCUUCGCAUGGAGGUGGAUGACCUGGGCACCAGCGUGGAGACUCUGGCCCGCGGCAAGGCCAGUGCAGAGAAGCUGUGCCGGGCCUAUGAGGAUCAGCUAAGUGAGGCCAAGAUCAAGGUGGAGGAGUUGCAGCGGCAGCUGGAGGAUGCAAGCACCCAGCGAGGGCGGCUGCAGACUGAGAGCGGUGAGGCCGGGGGCUCAGCUGGGCCACCCCAGGUGGGGCCUUGUGCUGCCCUCGCCUGCCUGACCUGCCCUUUGCCUGCAGGGGAGCUGAGCCGCCUGCUGGAAGAGAAGGAGUCUCUGAUCAGCCAGCUGAGUCGUGGGAAGGCCUUGGCUGCCCAGAGCUUGGAGGAAUUGAGGCGGCAGCUGGAGGAGGAGAGCAAGGCCAAGAGCGCUCUGGCACACGCCGUGCAGGCUCUGCGGCAUGACUGCGACCUCCUGCGGGAGCAGCACGAGGAGGAGGCGGAGGCCCAAGCUGAGCUGCAGCGGCUGCUGUCCAAAGCCAACGCCGAGGUGGCUCAGUGGAGGAGCAAGUAUGAGGCAGACGCCAUCCAGAGGACCGAGGAGCUGGAGGAGGCCAAAAAGAAGCUGGCGCUGCGGCUGCAGGAAGCAGAGGAGGGCGUAGAGGCCGCCAAUGCCAAGUGCUCCUCGCUGGAGAAGGCCAAGCUGCGGCUGCAGACAGAGUCAGAGGAUGUGACCCUGGAGCUGGAGCGGGCGACCUCAGCGGCUGCUGCGCUGGACAAGAAGCAGCGACACUUGGAGCGGGCCCUGGAGGAACGGCGGCGCCAGGAGGAGGAGAUGCAGCGGGAGCUGGAGGCGGCGCAGAGGGAGGCCCGUGGCCUGGGCACUGAGCUCUUCCGGCUGCGGCACAGCCACGAAGAGGCGCUCGAGGCCCUGGAGACGCUCAAGCGGGAGAACAAGAACCUGCAGGAGGAAAUCAGCGACCUCACAGACCAGGUCAGCCUCAGUGGGAAGAGCAUCCAGGAACUGGAGAAAGCUAAGAAGGCACUAGAAGGGGAGAAGAGCGAGCUCCAGGCUGCACUGGAGGAGGCUGAGGGGGCCCUGGAGCUGGAGGAGACCAAGACUCUGCGGAUCCAGCUGGAGCUCUCCCAGGUCAAGGCUGAAGUGGACCGGAAGCUGGCAGAAAAAGAUGAGGAGUGCGCUAACCUGAGGCGCAACCACCAGCGGGCAGUGGAGUCCCUGCAGGCCUCCCUGGAUGCUGAGACCCGGGCCCGCAACGAGGCACUGAGGCUCAAGAAGAAGAUGGAGGGUGACCUCAAUGACCUGGAGCUGCAGCUGGGUCAUGCUACCCGUCAGGCCACGGAGGCCCAGGCGGCCACACGGCUGCUGCAGGCCCAGCUGAAGGAGGAGCAGGCGGGGCGGGAUGAGGAGCAGCGGCUGGCAGCUGAGCUCCGAGAGCAGGCGCAGGCCCUGGAGCGCCGGGCUGCGCUGCUGGCUGCUGAGCUGGAGGAGCUGCGGGCUGCGCUGGAGCAGGGCGAGCGCAGCCGGAGGCUGGCGGAGCAGGAGCUGUUGGAGGCCACCGAGCGCCUCAACCUCCUGCAUUCGCAGAACACAGGCCUCCUGAACCAGAAGAAGAAGCUCGAGGCGGAUUUGGCCCAGCUGAGUGGGGAGGUGGAGGAGGCUGCCCAGGAGAGGCGGGAGGCAGAGGAGAAGGCCAAAAAGGCCAUCACCGAUGCUGCCAUGAUGGCUGAGGAGCUGAAGAAGGAGCAGGAUACAAGUGCACACCUGGAACGGAUGAAGAAGACACUGGAACAGACGGUGCGGGAGCUCCAGGCCCGGCUUGAGGAGGCUGAACAGGCUGCCCUCAGAGGUGGGAAGAAGCAGGUGCAGAAGCUGGAAGCUAAGGUGUGUGCGGUCCCUUCAGUCCUUUCCACCAGCGGGUGGGCUGCCCAGGGCAGGCUCUGCACCAGGCCCAUCCCCCGCUGUCCGCAGGUGCGGGAGCUGGAGGCCGAGCUGGAUGCGGAGCAGAAGAAGCAUGCCGAGGCCCUCAAGGGGGUGCGCAAGCACGAGCGCCGGGUCAAGGAGCUUGCAUACCAGGUGGGUGACAGGGUCCCCCUUGGGUUGGGGGGAGGCAGCCCUAGAGUUGGCCCAGUCCCAGCAAGCCCUGAGGCCCCUUUGCCUGCACAGGCUGAGGAGGACAGGAAGAACCUGGCUCGCAUGCAGGACCUGGUGGAGAAGCUGCAGAGUAAGGUCAAGAGCUACAAGCGCCAGUUUGAGGAGGCGGAACAGCAGGCCAACACCAACUUGGCCAAGUAUCGCAAGGCCCAGCACGAGCUAGAUGACGCGGAGGAGCGGGCAGACAUGGCGGAGACCCAGGCCAACAAGCUGCGGGCACGGACCCGAGAUGCCCUGGGCCCCAAGGUGAGGGAUGGGGUACUACCCUUGGUAUGGGGGUGUGUGGGGCAACAGGGGGUACAGCUCACUCAGCCAUCCCUCUCCCCUUAGCAUAAGGAGUGAUGGCCUGAACCCUAAGACCCCAGGCUCUGCAGAGACGUCUUGCUGUUUAUUCCUCCAGCUGAGGCUACCCCCCCUUGAUCCUGUCAUCUCUUUAUCCCCAUCUGCUGCCCUCAGCACAUGCUGAAUAAAUGCCACAGUUGCAGCCAGUGUCCUUCUCGU